CAAUCCGAUGUAUGCCCAACCAGAGGCGAGUAUGACACGAUUUGCCUGAUCCGGGUAGAUCUGAGAUGACUUCGACGAUGAGUGCACAGGAAAGUAGAGCUCAGGCCUCAUUCGCGCGAGCCAUUGUACCUAGGUACCUAGGUAUCGGACAUCCGCCCACCGUCAAUAUAAUUUUCGAACACCGAUGAUUUCAUUGUCUCCGAGAUUCAAGGGCGAUUGCACUAUGGAUGUUCUUAUGACGAGAGAGAAGAGUGGACUCCACAAAGCUAUAUAAUGUCCAUCUCCAGCAGCGUAAAGAGUCCAGCAACAUCUCACUCUCUUCGUUCAAUCACUUGCUCAUCUCCUCUUGACACUCUUUCACACUCUAUACACUCAUUUAGCGACUUGUCGCACUACCGUUCGUUCCAGAUCUGAAUUUCGUUCAGCCACUCAAACCAAACUACCUCGAAGAACAUACUUGCAGGCAAUAUGUUUUGGCAGAAACCUUUCGUCCUUCUCGGGCUCCUGGCUGGCCUGGGCAGCGCAGCUCCAACGCUUUCCAAGCGUCUGGACCUUGAUAUGCUGAAUGAAGAAUUUGUAUUUUUCCGAGCUGAUAGACGCGGUCCUGACGUAAUCAAGAAAGAAAAGGGCUUUGAAACCAUGGCUAAGACAAACAAGUUGCCAGAGAACAUUAGUCUGUGGGAUCAUUGCAAGGUCAAGGGAGCGGAAGCGAAAUUCGGGAACCUGAAAGACGACGGCUACGUUUCCACGAGCAGUGACUUUGGAGUUUGCCUGAAAUGGGUGACGGACUACAUCGAAGACCCUGCUGGCGCCACCAUCUACAAGAUCGCGUCCGACCGGAACCUCAUUGGUUGUCACGACACACUCAAGCAAUACAACCCACUCCCAGAUGAGCAGGAGUACGCUGCCAUUGGCGGCAUCCCUUGGGAACAAGUCAUGGGUUGGUACAAUCAAUUCACGCUGCGCGGCAAGACGAUCACGGACGCUGUGUUCACCCCGAACCCUACCUUUGUUGCAGCCAAAUACAACGAAAUUCCGGAGGGAUCCGAUCCAUCCAACGGCGGAGAGCACUACAGACUCGCUGGCUGGCCCAAGGGUGACAAGAGAUGGAAAGAAGCGCCCUGGAACACCGCCGUCGACCCAGUGUGCGGCGUGGACGAGAACCCGAAGAAGCCGAAGAAGGGAGGCAAGAAGGCCCGCCGCGACAUCGAGGACAUCGAGAUCAACGAAGAAAUCGAGAUCAACGAAGACGCGCAGCUCGUACCCGAAAGCAGCGACGACGACCAACUGGCUGCCAGGGCCCCUGCAAAGAAGCCCAAGAAGCCCACCAAGACACCCACCAAGACGCCCACCAAGCCCCCUACCAAGCCUCCCGGAAAGGACACAUGCACAGCGGCCGAAAAGAAGAAGAACGGCGGCAAGUGCCCUGCGCAGCCUACCUGCACCGCAGCCGAGAAGAAGGCCAACGGUGGUACAUGCCCAACCUGCACUGCGGCUGAGAAGAAAGCCAACGGCGGCAAAUGCCCAGCAACGCCCACUUGCACCGCCGCCGAGAAGAAAGCCAACGGCGGCACGUGCCCAACCUGUACCGCCGCCGAGAAAAAGAAGAACGGCGGAAAGUGCCCGCCGAAAGUGUGCGCCCUGCCCAAGACCAACAAGCAGCUCGCAGACGAGUAUCUCAAGCUGUUCAAGGCAGGACAGCUCGGCAAGGGCAAGGGCAAGGGAAAGCCUGCCAAGCCGAAGGGCAAGACCGGCGCUGUUUGAAGGCUUUGGGAAGGUAAAUUUAGAUCGAGACAGAGAUCUGAGUACGCCGUGUACUAUGUGGUAUUCUAGCACGGGUAGUGCAAGGGCUGAUUGCAGAUCAAUGUUGUGUCUUGUAGCUGGGUUCCAAUGCGAUCGGGUUUUUGGGUGACGAUCUGGGGUAUGCGAGGAGGGCGCAGGACGCAGGAGAUUGUGUGGGGGGCGUUUAUUGGGACUGUUUGGUUUAUGUAUAGUAUCGGUAUAGAAUUAGGCACACUCUGAAAACAAAGCACGGAUUUUCG